AUGGGGGGAGGUGAGGGGAGCGGGCCCGUCUAUGGUUCUUUGUAUGCCAUAAAUGGGGCAGCUCACGUGUAGCGGAGUAAUAGCUGGGGAGCGGACCGGACCCACGAGGGCCCGUCGAUGCGCCGACGGGCCCAGCACUGAACAGCCCACGUGCCAGGUCGCGGCCCACCGCCGGCCCCGUGCGGCGGCGCCGUUUCUCACCCCGCCGCGUUAGACAGGAACGAGAAACGCAGGCGACCAUACGCUCGGUCUCAGAAUAAGUAAAUUGACGGUAUAUUUUAUUGACCUCGGGAGGUAGAAGACGAUGUUAGUCAAUAGUGUCGACUCGUCUUCGUAAGCGAAGGCCUCACAGCGGGUGCUGCUUGAGCAACCUCGGCGUUCGAAGCGGCCUCGUGUCGGCAGAAGACGAGAUCUACGACAGCUAUGAGGGCUAGAACUGGGCCCCCUCGAAGGUCUGGCCAAACUGCCAGCCGGAGGGGGCGACAUUGUAGCUUGUGACGGUCCUCCCAUCGCUGGCGGUGACCUGAAAGGAGAGGCUCUGGCCGUUGAGGUAGCCGUUGCUCUGCCAGUUCUGGCCCCAGUUCCGGGACAUGGCCUGCCAACCGGAGCCGGAGCCCUUGACGGAGACGGCGUGGACGUCGCCGGCGCCGCCGACGUUAGUGAUGAGGACGAGGUUGAAGUAGGAGUGGCCGUUGAUGGUGAACCGUAUCCCUCCCUUCUUCGCGCACGGCACCCUGUAAAUAUCAGAAUCGUUGAUCUCAUUAGUAUCACACCAAUUCCCGUCAAUCGAAUCACUUUUUCGAGGAAGACUAGACAUCUAAGUCGUACAAGUAAAGAAAUCUAUGCAUGGACAUGGAGAAGCGUGAGCGGGGAGCAUUUUUGGAGGCGAGGGAAUAGCGGCGGUGGUGGAUGGGAGCUGUGGGUCGCCGUUCUCACCUCCUGAAGGACACUGGCACUAUCCCCGCGCGGUACUGCGCAAUCUGCAGGAAGGCGGGCUGGGCAAGGUCGAAGUGCUGCAGCGGCGGGUUGCACCAGCCACCGUUGUCGUUGGCCAGCGCGAAGUUGGGCGGGCAGAAGUUGGUGGCGGUCACCACGAUGGACCCCGGUAGGCACCACUUGGGGUCGCCAGUGCACAUCAUCUCGUAGCAGGAGCCGCAGCUGAGCCCGCUACUGAAGAGGGCGGUGCUAAGCGCCGCCGUGUUCGUCCCGUAUCCCUGGCUGUAA